AUGGUGAAAAGCAACGUCGAGCUGGCAUGGGAAACCAUGGAAGAUACAUUUCUGGAAAUCCAAAACAAAUUUCACCAAAUUUACAAACCAAUAGACACUGGCAAACCUGAUGAAGAUGAUGAAACUACUAAAAAAGAGAGUCUUGACAUUACUGAUGAUUCGACACUCUCAGUAUCACCAAUAACCCAACUACUUUAUCUUGCACGACUGAAGUUUUAUGAUUUAACUCCCUUAGAUAACCAGAAAUCACCAUUCCCAUUCAAAAAUCUACGAGGUAAAGUGGUUUUAAUUGUUAAUGUUGCCUCCAGAUGUGGGUUUUCUUUCCAAUACAAUGGUCUAGAACAAUUGAAUAAACGAUUUGCUAAUGAUGACUUUGUGUUAUUGGGUGUUCCCUGUAAUCAAUUUCUAUGGCAAGAACCAGGCACUAAUGAUCAAAUAGUAACGAAAUGUAAAAAGAAAUAUGAUGUAUCAUUCCAGAUACUAGAUAAAAUCAAUGUUAAUGGUGAACAAGCAGAUCCAGUUUAUAAAUUUCUAAAAGCACAAAAAGAAGGGUUAUGGGGUACUAAUAGAGUGAAAUGGAAUUUUGAAAAGUUCUUGAUAGAUAAAAAUGGCAGAGUGGUGGAAAGGUAUAGUACGUUUACUAGACCCGUGGCAAUAAUACCAAAGAUUGAACAGUUGCUAGAAAGCUAG